UCUGUUCUUUCCAUUGUCUACACAAUAUUCCUUUUGUAUAUGCAUGCACACUUUCCCUUUGUUUUCUCCUAUAUAAAGAAUCAACUCCACUUCUUGUCCAAACCAGACAACCCCACCCCACCUGUACUAGAUCUGAACUUGCCAAAACAAGAAAGGAUAAUUAUCUGUUCCUGCGAUCAUUCAAUGGCUUCAGCUGCAGCAGUGGACACUAUGCCGGAUGCGUUGAGGCAGAGUCGAUACCAUAUGAAGAGAUGUUUUGCCAGGCUUACUGGAAUGGGAAGAAGGCUGAUGAAGUUCCAGCAUAUAAAGGAUGAGAUAGAGCAAACAAUUGAGGACAAGAUUGAAAGGUCCAAGGUUUUGGAAGGUUCACUUGGUGACAUCUUGAGUUCAACACAGGAAGCGGCUGUUGUCCCACCUUAUGUGGCUUUUGCAAUAAGGCACAGUCCUGGGAUUUGGGACUACGUCAAGGUGCAUGCAGAUAGUUUGUCUGUUGAUAUAAUCACAUCCACGGAUUACUUGAAGUUCAAAGAAACGCUCUUCGAUGAGGACUGGGCAAAGGACGAAAAUGCAUUGGAGAUAGAUUUUGGAGCGUUCAACGUUGGUAUCCCAAGCCUAGCACUUCCGUCUUCCAUUGGGGACGGACUUGGCUAUGUCUUGAAAUUCAUGACUUCAAUGAUCACUAGGGGCUCUGAGAGUGCAAAACCUUUGGUUGAGUACUUGCUUACACUUAACCAUCAUGGAGAGAAACUUAUGAUCAAUGAGACUCUAAACACUGUUGGGAAGCUUCGAGCAGCUCUGUUAAUUGCAGAUGUUUUCGUCUCUGCCCUCCCAAAGGACACACUGUACCAGAAUUUUGAGCAGAAGCUUAAAGAAUGGGGCUUCGAGAAAGGUUGGGGGGAUAAUGCAGAAAGAGUUAGACAAACAAUGAGGAUACUUUCUGAGAUGCUUCAAGCUCCGGAUCCUACAAACAUGGAAGCAUUUUUCAGUAGGCUUCCAGCCAUUUACAAGAUUGUCAUAUUCUCUGUUCAUGGUUACUUUGGACAAGCUGAUGUUCUUGGUUUGCCUGAUACGGGAGGCCAGGUCGUUUACAUUCUUGAUCAAGUUAAAGCGUUGGAAGAAGAACUGUUACUAAGAAUAAAGCAGCAGGGCUUGAAUGUGAAGCCUCAGAUUCUUGUGGUGACUCGUCUCAUCCCCGAUGCACAAGGGAACAAAUGCAAUCAAGAAAUGGAGCCGAUAGCCAACACAAUGCACUCCCACAUUCUGAGGGUUCCAUUUAAUACUGAGAAGGGAGUGCUCGGACCAUGGGUCUCCCGGUUUGAUAUCUAUCCUUAUUUGGAGAGGUUUUCUCAGGAUGCCACUGCAAAGAUUCUUGAGCUAAUGGAAGGUAAACCAGACCUCAUAAUUGGGAAUUACACAGAUGGGAACUUAGUGGCAUCUUUGGUGGCUAGCAAACUUGGAGUUACUCUGGGAACAAUAGCUCAUGCUUUGGAGAAGACCAAGUACGAAGAUUCAGAUGUCAAGUGGAGGGAGUUAGAUCCCAAAUACCACUUUUCUUGCCAAUUCACUGCUGAUAUGAUAGCAAUGAAUGCUGCUGAUUUCAUAAUUACCAGCACAUAUCAAGAAAUUGCUGGAAGCAAGAACCGGCCUGGACAAUAUGAAAGCCAUGUGGCGUUCACUAUGCCGGGACUUUACAGGGUCAUCUCGGGCAUCAAUGUGUUUGAUCCUAAGUUCAAUAUUGCUUCCCCUGGGGCUGAUCAGUCCAUCUACUUCCCAUUCAUGGAGAAGCAGAAACGACUCACUAAAUUUCAGCCUGCCAUUGAGGAACUACUCUUCAGCAAGGAGGAUAACGACGAGCACAUUGGAUUUCUUGCAGACAGAAAGAAACCGAUUAUCUUUACAAUGGCAAGACUUGACACUGUGAAGAACAUCACAGGAUUGACUGAGUGGUACGGGAAGAACAAAAGGCUUAGAAACUUAGUUAAUCUUGUUAUUGUGGGGGGAUUCUUCGAUCCAUCGAAAUCAAAAGACAGGGAGGAAAUGGCUGAAAUCAAGAAGAUGCAUUCUCUGAUUGAGAGAUACCAACUCAAGGGUCAGAUCAGAUGGAUAGCAGCUCAAACUGACAGAUACAGAAACAGUGAACUUUACCGUUGCGUUGCAGACACGAAAGGAGCUUUUGUUCAGCCAGCAUUAUAUGAAGCUUUUGGCUUAACCGUCAUUGAAGCAAUGAAUUGUGGAUUGCCCACAUUUGCAACAAAUCAAGGAGGACCGGCAGAAAUCAUAGUUGAUGGUGUCUCAGGCUUCCACAUUGAUCCGAACAAUGGGGAUGAAUCGAGCAAAAAGAUUGCUGAUUUCUUUGAGAAAUGCAAAGGGGAUACUAGAUAUUGGCAUAGGAUGUCUCAAGCAGGACUCAGACGCAUAAACGAAUGCUAUACAUGGAAAAUCUAUGCCAACAAAGUUCUGAAUAUGGGAUUGGCUUAUGGAUUCUGGAGGCAGUUAAACCAAGAGCAGAAAAAAGCCAAGCAGAGAUACAUUGAUAUAUUUUACAAUCUCCGGUUUAGGAAGCUGGCCAAGAAUUUCACUAUCCCUCUUGAAGGAAUCAAACCAGCAGCAUCGACUGAAACUUGUGAACCUAAAAAACGAGCACCAGAACCAAAAUCAGAGACGCGUGAUUCAGCCUCACCAGCAGUAGAGGAAAAAACUCAAGCAACAAGGACGGAAGCUGGAAAACCAGAAGAAGUUGAUCAGAAGAUUCAUCAGAUUUCAACAAUAAGUCGUACGCCGGGUUCCUGCUGCUGGAUUUUUUUAGCCAUAUCUUCCUCAAUUGUUGUUUAUGCUUUGCUGAAGCUCUGUGGAUAUUUUUCAAGUGAUUGAGUUCUAUGACAGUCAUCUACUGCUGAUAUAAACAACAAAGUGUACCCAAAUUAUCCACACAAGAGCUGAGUAGGAUAUUAGAUGGAUUGUAUACAUUAUGUAUCAAAUGAAAUCGAUCAGUCAAGAAAGAACAGGAGCCUUGUAAGUGGAUAAUUUAUUUAAACAUAUUGAUGAUCUGUGAUAAUAAAUAUUUU